AUGGGUUCCCACGGCGACUUUAAAACUAUCGAGGCCUCGCGUCCUGACUUCGAAGCAAACGAAAGUUUCUAUCACACCAAGACCGUCAAGCCCGACUGGAAAGUCGGCGAUGGGGCCAACGACCCCAGUUGGAAAGAUCACAAGACCGUAGAGAUCGACCCCUACGGUAAUGGCCGAACCAGCUUUGACAACUAUAAACUUCUCAUCUCUGGGAUCAUUCCGCGUCCAAUCGGCUUCGUCUCAACCGUCUCUACUGACGGCAAGUACAACCUGGCACCCUACUCCUACACCCAAAUCGUCAACCAUGACCCACCAAUCUUCUGCAUCGGGAUGAGCGCCGGCCGAGGCGCCAACAAAGACUCCUGCGAGAAUCUCCUCACAACCAAGGAAUGUACCAUCAAUAUUAUUUCCGAGUGGUUCAUUGAGGCUGCCAACUACACCUCCAUCAACGCCCCCCAUGGUGUAUCAGAAUGGGGUCCCACAGGACUGACACAGGCUGCGUCCACCAAGGUUGCGCCACCACGUGUUGCAGAGUCGGCGUUCUCCAUCGAGGCGAAGUUGAUUCACACGCAUGAUUGGUUUUCGCCUAGUACGGGGGCAAAGACGGGAACGUUGGUUAUUGUCCAAGGCAUUAACUUUCAUGUACGCGAGGAUGCGCUGAACGAGCAAAAGAAUAUGAUUGAUCCCAGCGUCUUGAGACCUGUCAGCAGAUUGGGUGGCGUCACCUAUGGUAGGACGACAAGUGGGUACGAGUUAACGAGGCCAGAGUUUGCGGACGAAAAGGCGAAGGAAGAGGUAAAGGGAUUCUUGUGA